AUGCCGCCCAAGACCGUCGUCAAGCCCAUCCAGGAGGACAGCGUCGCGCAGCCCAUGCCCGCCGGCGGCGCCGCGCCCAUCAACGACUCGGAGGUCGUCGACGAGGGUCCGGCCAACGCCAACAUCCCGUCGUCGCAGCACGCCCAGUUUGACCGGCCGGGCACCCAGGACGCACUGCGGGGGCAGGGCAACUCGGCGGCGCCGAGCUCGAGCUUGUCGAGGGAGAACCAGGCUCCGGUCGCGAGGGAGCAGAAGAAGGCGGCCGAGUUUGGGGACAAUUUUGGCGUCAGCGUCGAGGGCAAGGGCGAGGGCGAGGGCUUCAAGACGUCGAGCGUCAAGGAGGGUGAGCCGAGGGCGGGCCAGGUCCACGCCGACAACCCGAACGCCAACCUCGUCGAGGCAGGGACGACCAUGGCCGGCGACGCCGGCGCCGACUCGGGCAUUGAUGGGUCCGAGGAGGAGGGGACCGAGGGCGGCAUGCGCGCGGCCAUGGAGCCGAAACCCAAGCUGUAGCGUUGCUCGCUCGAGCGGCCUGUACAUACUGCGCGUGCUUCUGUGACACGAG